AGACAAAAUAACGGGACGAAAAAGGUUACAAAGGAAUAAACAAUUCGUUCAAAUAAUUUAAAAAAUUACGUUUGAAAGUCGUUGUGGAUCGGUAACGAUAUUUUAAGAAUUUUAUCAGUAAACAAGUAUAUAAUCUUAUUUCUAUAUUAUUUCAAAUGUUAACACGACUGACACAUAAUAAAUAUUUUAUUUCAUAUAGUACUUCAUAAAUGUAUUAGCAAAAAUUUCGAAAACUGAGGCUUGCUGAGGAAAUAGCCCAAAGCUUAGCUAAACUUAUCGUCUAAAAUCUACCAAAAUUACCUACAACAUGGAUGAUUUUCUGAAGAUUGAAAAAAUUGGUGAAGGUACUUAUGGUGUAGUGUACAAAGGAAAAAACAAAAUUACUGGGCAGUUUGUGGCUAUGAAGAAAAUUCGAUUGGAAUCUGAAGACGAAGGCAUCCCGUCCACAGCUAUUAGAGAGAUAUCACUGCUGAAAGAGCUGAACCACCCAAACAUCGUGAAGUUAGAAGAUGUUCUCAUGGAGGAGAGCAGGCUGUACCUCAUCUUCGAGUUCCUCUCCAUGGACUUGAAGAAAUAUAUGGACUCGCUUGGAUCUGGGAAAUUUAUGGACCCAUCUGUAGUGAAGAGCUACUUGUACCAGAUCAACAACGCCAUCCUCUACUGCCAUCAGAGGAGAAUACUCCACCGGGAUCUAAAGCCACAGAACUUACUUAUUGACAAGACUGGAAUUAUUAAAGUGGCUGACUUUGGUCUGGGCCGUGCGUUUGGAGUUCCAGUGAGAGUCUACACGCAUGAAGUGGUCACUCUGUGGUACAGAGCUCCUGAAGUUUUGCUGGGCAGUCAGAGGUACUCAUGUCCCAUAGACAUGUGGUCGGUGGGAUGCAUAUUUUCAGAGAUGUCCUCAAAGAAACCUCUCUUCCAAGGAGAUUCAGAGAUUGAUCAACUGUUCCGCAUAUUUAGAAUGCUUCGUACCCCUACCGAGGAUAUCUGGCCAGGAGUGUCAUCACUGCCGGACUACAAACCUACAUUCCCUAACUGGACCACAUUCAACCUUCAUAAUCAUGUACAAAACUUAGACGAGGUGGGCAUGGACUUGCUGCAGAAGAUGUUGGUGUACGACCCGGUGAAGCGCAUCUCUGCGAAGGACACGCGGCGGCAUCGCUACUUCCGCGACGUCAAGCUGCCGCCCGGCCUCACGCUCAACGCCGCCUACAUCCGCUGCCAGCCCGACCACUCGCCCGACAGCGACUGCAACGGACAGAGCGUCUAGCGCGUCCAGCCGUCCGUCACGCGUACAGCAUGUCCGUCACGCGUCCAGCACCUCCGUCACCCGGUCACACUGCUCGCUACGUCAAUGUUAAUCCCCAAAUAUCUAUUGGUUUCAGGUGAUUGCUUUGACUUGUGACGGAAAACUCAAAAUAAAUUGGUUUCUUGAUGUUUCACCAUUUCCUGUCUACAUGUUGACACAGUUCUAAAUGAAUAACAAUUUUAUUGUUGUAAAUCAUCUAGUUGUGGUGUUUUUCUGAUAUUUACGUCUGUAUGGGAGAAGCUUCGGUCACUGUGACCAUGUUUUAAUAAAACAACACUCAAAUAUAUUUAAUUUAUAAUAGGUAUGCACUUGAAGUGUGUUUCUUGUAUUUAUAUAUUUCUUCAGUCUGUAUUGUGGAUAAUUUUAUUUCAACAUUUUAUAUUUUAAUUAUUAUAAUUUCAGUAUCAUAUGUGUUACCAUUGUUAACCAUUUUAUUCAUCUUGACUUUCCACUAAGCAUCUUUUAUGAGACUGACUCUGUAAUAUUUUAUCUUCUCUUCUAUCUUUGUCCACCAGUGAACAAAAACAAUUGUGUCUGUGAUGGAAAUAUAAUUAAAUACUAUAAGAUUCAUAGAAAAUGUGUAACAUGUGGCCUUCAAAUUGUGUAUUGUAAGACUAAUCGUAAUGUAAAUAAAAUAUUGUAGCGGGGUCAUUCGUUUUAAAGCGUCGUCGGCUAGGUCGGAUAGCUUUGUAUUGUGCAUGGUACCACGUGCUGCGCUAACAUAUUCAAGUGGUAUUAGUUUCUAACCCACUUUAAUUUCCAUAUAAUUGUGUUUGGCGUCCCAAUGGGUGCAUGUGUGUGGGUAUACGUCAGUACGACACACUAUCUCAGUGGUAUCAUGCGUUUCUUCUGUUCUGACAAGGUUCUUUGGUUUCCAUGUUUGUGUAGUCGUCUUUUAACUUAUGCCUAAGGUGAAUUUCAGUUUUAUUAUAUUCAAUUUAAUUUUUAAAUGUGGAAUGUUUGCCUUAUUGUAUGUCUGCGGAAUAUCGUGGCAGUCUUGCGAACUUUAGUUCUUAUGUACAACACAGUGGUCAGUAAAUAAAUUUAAUAAUGCUGUAAAUAAGUUAAUUGAAUCAUAUUAUGUGCCAAAAAGGAAACUUAAUACUAGGACCAUGCUCUUGGCUACAUCUUAAGGCCCAGCGCAGUCCGAGAGGAGCGCAGCGGAGAGGAUGAUUA